CCAUACUGAAGCAACCUCAGAACGCCCACCGGUAUACCUACCGCCUCAAAAUCCUCAAGAAAACGUCAAGAUGACGAAAGGUACCUCGUCCUUUGGUAAGAGACACACCAAGUCCCACACGCUCUGCCGGCGCUGUGGCGUUCGCGCGUUCCACAGGCAACACAAGACCUGUGCCCAGUGCGGCUACCCUGCUGCAAAGUUGCGCUCGUAUGAGUGGGGCCAGAAAGCCAAGCGCAGAAAGACCACCGGUACCGGCCGUAUGCGCACCCUCAAGGACGUAUCGAGGAGAUUCAAGAACGGAUUCAGAGAAAACACCGUCGCGAAGAAGCGUGUCAGGCCAACCGCGGAGGCAUGAGCGUAAAUGGGCUUAUCACGGCGCCCGCGCAUAUUGUUUUACAUACUCGAGAAUUUUUAGCUAUGCCUGCCAGCAUCAUCUUAUACGCACGCACAGAAUACAUGAUCCAUGCCAUGCCUCGUGGACGAACUGAUUCAAGAUCAUUUAAUUUUUCUUCCGUUCGUCUGAUUCUUUGACGACACAUUGCCUUACCUGGUGUUACAAGGCAUGAGUUUUCUGGCUGUGCGCCAAUGUUGAUUGUUCACCGUAUUCUCAAAAGACCGAGUGACACUAGGUAAAGCUUGGGGUCGUACUGCCUUGACUCAUUCCAGCACACAGGA